CCUUCCCGACAACCCUCACGACGACACCCCCGUUCGAGUUCUUCCACGAUCCCCUUUAGGAGGCUCUUAUCAAGAUGACUGUCAUGAACCGCGGGCUCCAUUCUUCGCGCCGGAAGUCGCGCGCCGCCCACUUCAACGCCCCUUCCUCGGAACGACGUGUCAUCCUCUCCGCUCCUCUGUCUCGCGAGCUCCGGGCCAAGUACAAUGUCCGCUCGAUCCCCAUCCGCAAGGACGACGAGGUCACCGUUGUCCGCGGUAGCAACAAGGGUCGCGAGGGCAAGGUUACCAGCGUCUACCGUCUGAAGUGGUGCAUCCACGUCGAGCGCAUUGCCCGCGAGAAGGGCAACGGCCAGAGCGUCCCCACCCCUCUCGCCCCCUCCAACGUCGUCAUCACCAAGCUCCACCUCGACAAGGACCGUGAGCAGAUCCUCGAGCGCAUCGGCAAGGGUCGUGAGGCUGUCAAGAGCAAGUCGGCUUAAAGGGUGUUUUCUGAGGUUUUAUGUUCAUAUGGUCAUAGCAGCGGGAGGUCCGGAGUACUCGAGAAAAGAGGGGACCCAACCUGCGUUCAUGGUACAUCUAUGGAAAAAUAGAUGUGUCUUGAUGAAAUGAAAAUCAAAAAUCGGAUUCCCUCUAUCUUAAUGAAUUUUUUGUCGUCGCCAUAUCCUGAUUGCCUUUGCUUCCCAGUUGCUUGCAGCAUCAUUUUCUCAUUGUACAACACUGGUCUAUACGGAUAGUGCUGAGGGUGAUGGUAUAUGCGUAGGCAUUUCUGCAAGAGGCAGGUUAUACGACAGGGUCAGCCAACAUUGCCUAAGAUAGGAAGUAAUCAACUGGACCGAAGUCUGGUCCUGGGUUUGCAUAGACAAUUUGCAAAGGGGGUGACAUCCUCGUGAUGCCUGAUGCAGGCCAAGUCUCUUACUUCCAACAGACUAUCCAUACAAUACCCAGCUGCUUAUCCCGACCGCCACUUAAGGAUUCUACAUAUAAACAGGCAUCUAGGAGCAUAUAUUCG